CACAGCGCAGUCCCGCAAAGAAAAGCAAACCCCUUGCCGCCGCCCCCGCCUCGUUCGAGUCCGAUCUUGCUGGAGGUUAACCAAUGGCUCCCCCUCUCCUCUCGCCGCCGCUGCUCGCCGAACCACUCGUGGCGCUGCCGCGCUCUUUCCCCUGCUCCCGCCCCACGCCGCAGCUGGCCACCGUCGGGUUCGCCGGAGCCGUACGGAGCGACCGGCAGGGGAGCUGGAGCGCGCGGAGAAGGAGGGAUCUCAGGAUCCGUGCCACUGCAACGGAAGCGGAUUACGAAAGGCCGGAGGAGGAUGUCGCCGACGAUUACUACUCCGUUCUGGGUGUGAUGCCAGAUGCAACCCCUGAGGAAAUCAAGAAGGCAUACUACAGUUGCAUGAAAGCGUGCCACCCCGACCUUAGUGGGGACGACCCUGACGUGACCAACUUCUGCAUGUUCAUCAACGAGGUUUACUCGGUGCUGAGCGAUCCAGCGCAACGUGCAGUGUAUGAUGAAAUCCAUGGGUACACAGCAACAGCAAUCAACCCUUUCUUUGAUGACAGUGCACCCAAGGAUCAUGUGUUCGUUGAUGAGUUUACCUGCAUUGGAUGUAAAAACUGUGCCAAUAUCUGCCCUAACGUCUUCCAAAUUGAGGAAGAUUUUGGGAGGUCAAGGGUCUACUCCCAGUCAGGUAGCACAGAACUAAUUCAGGAUGCCAUUGAUAGCUGCCCAGUCGAUUGUAUCCACUGGACUUCCGCUGCACAACUAUCACUCCUCGAGAAUGAGAUGCGUAGAGUAGAGAGGGUGAAUGUUGGUUUGAUGCUUUCUGGUAUGGGAGCUUCAGUUGAUGUUUUUCGGAUGGCAAGUGUUCGCUGGGAAAAGAGGCAAGCAAAAAUCUUGGAAAAGGUCAGAACACGGAUGGUGAACCAAGAGAAUUCGGACACAGGCAGGUCUUGGAGCGAUAUCUGGGGACCCCCACCACGAGAUGAAAACAACGAGGAAGAAGCAUCAGAGAGAGCCAAGAGGGCGGCUGCUGCUGCUAGACGUUGGCGAGAGUUCUCAAGGCGAGGCGCAGACAGGCCUCCAACAUACAAACUUCCAGAGGCAGUGGGCAACAAGGAUUAGCCCACAGAAUAGAGAAACACGUGGCAUUAUUUGGCGAAUUUUGGCUACCUGUACAGUGUCAUUGUUUGUAGCUCCCAGCCCACACCCACGCUCCAUUUGUAAAUCUAGACGUAGUGAUGUUGAUAACCUGUAGAAGACAAGCACCAAAUGUAUUAUAUAUACAUUCAAGGUGUAAUAAAAACAAGUGCACAUAUAUGUACAUUCACCGUUGCAGUAAAUAUAUAGUACAUUGUAAUCAAA